UCGUGUGGCCAGAGGAGCAAACGUAACCUACCUUGGGGGCGCCGAGGGCUAUGUAAUAUGAGUGAAAGCCCAAGUUACGCCACAUAUCCGGGAGCAGCAGUAUUCAAGAGGGGUGAAAGUAGAGGGGAAAGUCCUCUGUGAGUGUGGGCCACCAUGGAUAAACCCACUAAAGACACCAAGACUAACCCGGCAGCGACGGCGAGCCUUUUGUCCAAGAUAUUUUUCUGGUGGCUCAAUCCACUGUUUCGCACUGGAUACAAACGCAGGCUGGAGGAAGAUGACAUGUACGAAGUGCUCACGGAGGACAGGUCGGAGAAUCUGGGACAUGAUCUGCAGAGAUACUGGGAUCAUGAGGUCCAGAAGGCUACCAAAGAGCUCCGGAAACCUGGACUCACCAAAUCCAUCAUUCGCUGCUACUGGAAACCAUAUGCAGUGCUGGGAAUCUUUACCCUCAUUGAAGAGAUCAUUAAAGUGAUCCAGCCAGUCUUCUUGGGGAAGAUGAUUCAGUACUUUGAGAAUUAUGACCCAGAAAACAUGACAGCCCUGUACGAGACUCUGGGCUAUGCAGCUGGCCUCUCGAUCUGCACCAUUGGCCUGGCCUUGCUCCAUCACCUCUACUUCUACCACGUCCAGAGGGCAGGCAUGAAGAUCAGAGUGGCUAUGUGUCACAUGAUCUACAACAAGGCUCUACGUCUCAGCAGUUCAGCCAUGGGAAAGACCACCACAGGCCAGAUUGUCAACCUUCUUUCCAACGACGUCAUGAAGUUUGAUGAAGUGACGAUCUUCCUGCACUUCCUGUGGGUGGGGCCCCUCCAGGCAGCGGUGGUUGUGGGACUGCUGUGGUCAGAGAUCGGUCCAUCGUGCUUGGCGGGCAUGGUGGUCCUCAUGUUCCUGAUGCCCACGCAAACCAUGUUUGGAAGGCUCUUUUCUAAGUUCAGGAGUAAGACGGCUGUUCUCACUGACAGCAGAAUCCGCACAAUGAAUGAGGUGGUGUCUGGGAUUAGGAUCAUCAAGAUGUACGCCUGGGAGAAACCUUUCGCUGCUCUGGUCUCUGAGGUCAGAAGGAAAGAGAUCUCCAAGAUCAUGAAGAGCUCCUACCUGCGAGGCCUUAACAUGGCUUCCUUCUUCUGCGCCAGCAAGAUCAUCCUCUUCGUCACCUUCACCCUCUAUGUCCUUCUGGGAAACACCAUCACAGCCAGCCGCGUGUUUGUGACGGUGUCACUAUACACCGCUGUGCGACUCACCGUCACUCUGUUCUUCCCAAGUGCCAUUGAGAAGCUGUUUGAGUCCCGGGUCAGCAUCCGUAGGAUUCAGGAGUUCUUACUGUUGGAAGAGAUCACAAAGAGCCCAGCUGCAGUGCUACAGGAUGAGAAGAAGGACGCUUCUGUGGAGCUCCAGGACCUGGUCUGCUACUGGGACAAGAAUCUGGAUGCUCCAACUCUGCAGAAUCUCUCCCUCACUCUGAACUCAAAUAAGCUGUUGGCUGUAAUUGGACCAGUGGGAGCUGGAAAGUCAUCACUGCUGAGCACCAUCCUGGGAGAGCUGCCGAAUGAAAAGGGGGUGCUGAAGGUCAACGGUCAGCUGACCUACGCCGCCCAGCAGCCCUGGGUGUUCCCUGGUACCAUCCGCAGUAACAUCCUGUUUGGGAAAGAAUUUAGCCCGCAGAAGUAUGAGAGAGUCCUCCGAGCAUGCGCUCUGAAGAGGGACAUGGAGCUGCUGCCUGACGGAGACCUGACACUGAUCGGGGACAGAGGCGCCACACUCAGUGGGGGACAGAAAGCUCGUGUCAACCUGGCGAGGGCCGUGUAUCAGGAUGCAGACAUCUACCUCCUGGAUGAUCCUCUGAGUGCUGUGGACGCUGAAGUUGGAAGACACCUCUUUGAGCAGUGUAUUUGUGGCAUGCUGAAGAACAAGCCUCGUAUCCUGGUUACCCACCAGCUGCAGUACCUGAAGACAGCUGAUGAGAUUAUUGUCCUCAAGGAGGGUCACAUGGUGGCAAAGGGGACGUAUGCAGAGCUGCAGCGGUCUGGACUGGAUUUUACCUCCCUGCUGAAGGAGGAGGAGGAGCAACCGCAGCCUCCUCAAGACAUCAUCACCAGGUGCAGAACUCUGUCCCAGAACUCCGUCCUCUCACAGACCUCCUCUGUGCACUCGGUCAAAGAUGGAGAUCAUUUACCGGCAGAGCCAGUGCAGACAGUAGCAGAGGAGAGUCGUGCUCAGGGAACCAUUAAAGUGAGUCUGUACGUCAAAUACCUGAAAGCUGGAGCCAACGUGGUGGUUCUGCUGGCGGUCAUACUCAUGAACAUUCUGGCUCAGGUAGCAUAUAUCAUGCAGGACUGGUGGCUGGCUCACUGGGCUGAUGAGCAAGAGAAGCUGAGCGCCAACAGCACUGUCAUCCAAAACGGAGUAAAUGCCACGGCAGAGCUGGACAGAGAUUUCUACCUGGGGGUUUAUGGAGGUUUGACUGCAGCCACCAUCAUUUUUGGCUUCAUCAGGAAUAUUUCCCUGUUCCACGUGCUGGUGAGGUGUACACAGACUCUGCACAACCGCAUGUUCAACUCCAUACUCCGAACACAUGUGCGCUUUUUUGACAUCAACCCUAUUGGAAGAGUCCUGAACAGGUUUUCAAAGGAUAUUGGCCAACUGGAUUCUAGCAUGCCGUGGACUUUUGUGGACUUCAUUCAGGUGUUCCUGCAGAUUCUCGGGGUGAUCGCUGUGGCAGUGUCUAUAAUCCCCUGGAUCCUAAUUCCCGUGGUCCCCCUCCUCCUCGUCUUUCUCUACCUACGUCGCUAUUUCCUGCAGACCUCCAGAGACAUCAAACGCCUCGAGUCCACCACUCGGAGUCCAGUGUUCUCCCACCUGUCAUCGUCUCUUCAGGGCCUGUGGACGAUCCGAGCCUUUGGAGCAGAGGAGAGGUUCCAGAAAGCUUUCGAUGCUCAUCAGGACCUGCACUCAGAGGCCUGGUUUCUGUUCCUGACCACUUCUCGCUGGUUUGCUGUCCGUCUUGACGGCAUCUGUUCCAUCUUUGUUACCGUCACCACCUUUGGCUGCCUGCUGCUCAGAGACCAGCUGGACGCCGGCUCUGUUGGUCUGGCUCUGAGCUACUCCGUCACACUGAUGGGAAUGUUCCAGUGGGGUGUCAGGCAGAGUGCAGAGGUGGAGAACAUGAUGACAUCAGUGGAGAGGGUGGUGGAGUACACUGAGCUGGAGAGUGAAGCACCCUGGGAAACCCAGAAGCGCCCUCCUCCCGACUGGCCCAGCAAAGGCCUGGUGACCUUUGACAGGGUCAGCUUCUCCUACAGCAGCGACGGACCACUGGUGCUGCAGAACCUGAAAGCAAUGUUCCGACCCAAAGAGAAGGUUGGUAUUGUGGGAAGAACAGGUGCUGGGAAAAGCUCUCUGGUCUCAGCUCUCUUCCGCCUGGCAGAGCCUCAGGGGAAGAUCUACAUCGACGGUGUGGUGACGUCUGAGAUCGGCCUCCACGACCUGCGCCAGAGGAUGUCCAUCAUCCCUCAGGACCCGGUGCUGUUUACAGGCGCCAUGAGGAAGAACUUGGACCCUUUCAAUCAGCACACUGAUGAAGACCUGUGGAAGGCUCUGGAGGAGGUGCAGCUGAAGUCUGUUGUGGAGGAGCUGCCUGGGAAGUUGGAGACAGUUUUAGCCGAGUCGGGCUCCAACUUCAGCGUGGGCCAGAGGCAGCUGGUGUGUCUGGCCAGAGCCAUCCUGAGGAAGAACCGCAUCCUCGUCAUCGAUGAAGCCACUGCUAAUGUGGACCCCAGGACAGAUGAACUGAUCCAGAAAACCAUACGGGAAAAGUUCAGUGAGUGCACCGUGCUGACCAUCGCUCAUCGUCUGAACACCAUCAUAGACAGCGACAGGAUACUGGUUCUAGAUGCAGGGAAAAUCGAUGCCUAUGCCGAGCCUUACACCCUGCUUCAAGAUCCAGGUGGCAUCUUUUAUAAAAUGGUGCAGCAGACUGGAAAACAGGAGGCAGCAGCUCUACUCGAGGCAGCUAAACAGGCGUAUAACAGCAGAAGCCAUCCCAACAUAUCAAACGGACAUGCAGAAACAGCAGACGGUAACUUGGUUAUCUUUGAGACAGCUCUGUGAGCUCAGGGAGGCUCUGACUCGCCGCUUUGCCAGAAGACUUCGGAAAGUGCCUGGGCUCGUACUGCACCCCUCCAGCCUGUGGUGAACGCAGGCCUGAUAGAAAGGCCUCAUCCACUCUAGCUGCUGAGGAGACGACUGAAGAUGGUGCUGCCUCAGUGUGGCCUUGACUGGAUGAGCCAAAUCCAAGCACAUCAUGCUGUUGUUUCCUCCAAGCUCAGAAAGCUUGGAAAUCACUGUUGUAAAAACUGUUAAAAUGGAUCACUAUUUAUUUUCUAUGCUUCAUAUUUAUCGUAUGUUAAAUUGCUGCUCAAUAUGCUGAUGCCUUGGAAAAUUGCUCGCAUAAUCCUUAUAAAACUGUAAGUGCCUUAUUUCAGGUUUGCAGCACUUUGUACACAUCUUAAUGUAACUCUAUCCAAAGUUGCCUUGUGUUUGUAAAGACAGAGAGCAUUAUUGCACAGGAUUAAUCAUUUCCAAAUCUAACAAAUUACACAGCAGCGUACAUUUCUACAAUCUCAGUAAAAUUUCUGUUUCGUCCAUUCAUGUCUUGGAAUUUACUGAUCUAUAAAUGUCUUGUUCCUGCCUUUGGAUCUUUUUAUUAACUGUUAAUAUUCACUCUGCUGAUUUUAGAGUUUACAGACAGGGAGGUCAGGUGGCAAUCUGAACACAGCUGCUACAAUGUGUGUUGAAUUAGUUUCUGUUCAAAUUAUUUGAUACUUUGUUUUAUUGUUUUUUUACCAUUUUAAAUGUGUCCUGACUGACAUGUUCACACAUUAUGUCAAAUGCUGCAUAAACACCUACAAAUCUCAUUUUGUCGAAAUAGACUGUGUAUGUGUAUUUACACAGAGUGUUUAAAGAAAAAGGUUUUACCUUAUUAAGUGAUAUUUUCCCUGAUGGGCUCAGCAACUGUGACAUUCAGAAGAGAACUCAGACAUUUAAAAAUGGAAUAAUGUUUAUCAGAAAGAUGUACAAAAGGAUCACAGUUUGUAUUACAAUUCAAUGAUUAGCACCAUCAUUGGUGUACCUGAAGUUUCACAGUAGGACUUUGGCUUUCCAGGACAGUAUCACACACUCACUGAUACAUUUGAUUUGUUUUCCUUCACAAGCAACUUCAAAGGCACAAUAGAAAAUCCACUUGUCCUGCAUAGGUUCAGAACUGAAAAUGAAAAUCUUUUACCAGAAAAAGGCUUUCUUUACAACAAGGUAGAUAUUGCAUCUUUCAGAAUAAAAGAGAGGUCAUGCAGUCAUCCAUAUGGUUGUGAUGGAAAGCCUCAGGUGUUCUCUGAGACUACUUACAGUCUGGAGUCUGUUAUACAGCAGUCUUUGGAAAUCUUCACUGGCCUCAGGCUGUCAAGACUUCUGUGCAUUUGAAAGUGUAAAAAAAUCAUCCCUUCAUUAAAAACAAGUCCAAUUGAAAACAUGC